AUGGUUUGGGAAACAUGUAAAAUAGUGCUACACAAUCCACCUGACGGAUUAUUUCAUACUAAUAGUAUUGUAACAGGUUCUGUUGUUUUAGAAGUAAAACCAGAUAGUAAAGUUGGACAAAUUGAUUUAAAAGUGAAAGGCACUUGCAAAGCGAGAUGGUCGAGACCUUCACCAACAAUGCCAUAUAUAAAAAUUUAUGCAGAAAAGAAAGAAGUUUUCUGCGUGAUUAUUGACGUUUUUCGGGAAACAGUUAAAUCAGGGACAAUUAGUCGUCAGUUUCAUUUCUUCCUACCACCUGAUUUACCUCCAAGUUACUAUGAUAAAAUUGCAAAAGUACAGUAUCGUGUUAAAAUCCAAAGUAAAAAUGCAUAUGGAUUAUUGAAAAAAGUUGUUUGUCCAUUUACUAUUGUUAAUUCUCUUAACUUGAAUCAUCUUGACGAAUACAAGUAUAAAUUGUUUAAGAUACCACUGCUAUACGAGAUGACAAAUAAAGUGGGUAUAUUUGGUAGCUUCUGUUUACUUUUUAAGACGUACAAGGGAUUCACAUCUAAGCAAUUAAUACCAUUUGAAGCUAUAAUAACAAAUAAACAUAAAUAUAAAAUAAAAAGAAUAGAGGUUUGUUUGAUUAAGAAAAUAGAAUAUAGCAUAACAGAAGGUUAUUAUAACGCUGAAGAAUCAUUAUGUAAAUCUGUUUAUAGUGACAUAUUACAUACUGUUCAUCAAAGCUGUUACUUUAAUAUGGAAAUACCUGAAGUAAUGCCUUCAACAAUGCACCUUGAUAAUUCGAUGGUUAAUAUUUCAUAUUCGUUGAGAGUAAAAGUUUGUUUCGUAUAUCACUUUCCUUUGGAGAUUGACAUACCUGUAACGAUUGCAACUGUGCCUAUUGUAUAUAAAAGUUAGUACUGAUCUGAAACUGUUGUUACCUAAAAGGACUAAGAUUUUUUUUUAUAAUAACUGAAUGCUAAAUAAAAAAGAAAAUA